AUGACCAUUUUCGAAAAAAGUGUCCCAGAUGGCGCAAAUCUCAGAAUCUCAGAAUCUCAGAAUCUCAGAAUCUCAGAAUCUCAGAAUCUCAGAAUCUCAGAAUCUCAGAAUCUCAGAAUCUCAGAAUCUCAGAAUCUCAGAAUCUCAGAAUCUCAGAAUCUCAGAAUCUCAGAAUCUCAGAAUCUCAGAAUCUCAGAAUCUCAGGAUUUCAGAAUCUCAGAAUCUCAGAAUCUCAGAAUCCUCAGAAUCCUCAGAAUAUCAGAAUAUCAGAAUCUCAGAAUCUCAGAAUCUCAGAAUCUCAGAAUCUCAGAAUCUCAGAAUCUCAGAAUCUCAGAAUCUCAGAAUCUCAGAAUCUCAGAAUCUCAGAAUCUCAGAAUCUCAGAAUCUCAGAAUCUCAGAAUCUCAGAAUCUCAGAAUCUCAGAAUCUCAGAAUCUCAGAAUCUCAGAAUCUCAGAAUCUCAGAAUCUCAGAAUCUCAGAAUCUCAGAAUCUCAGAAUCUCAGAAUCUCAGAAUCUCAGAAUCUCAGAAUCUCAGAAUCUCAGAAUCUCAGAAUCUCAGAAUCCCAGAAUCUCAGAAUCUCAGAAUCUCAGAAUCUCAGAAUCUCAGAAUCUCAGAAUCUCAGAAUCUCAGAAUCUCAGAAUCUCAGAAUCUCAGAAUUUUCAGAAUCUCAGAAUCCUGGGAAUCUCAGAAUCUCAGAAUCCUGGGAAUUUCAGAAUCUCAAAAUCUCAGAAUCCUGGGAAUCUCAAAAAUCCAUUUUUCUGA